AUGGCCGACGCGGUCGGGUGCUACGCGGACGCUCGGGAUGCGAUUUCGGAAUGGGAAACGCAAGCCGUCCAUGCGAUGGAUGGUUUCAAAAUUGUGUUGCUCGAUAUUGAAGGAGUGAGGCUUGAAGGGCGCCGGUUGACGCUGUACCUACAAAACGAAAUCAGCGAGAACCAUUGCGAGAUCAAGCACUUGAAGCAGCUGCUCACCCCCCCCUCGCCUCGCCUAUGGAAAAGUGGGCUUUUUUCGUCAUUGUGCCCUUAUAUUUUACAGGACGCUGAAUACGGGAAUGAAACAUCGGGGUCCGGUGAGCAGGCGAUGGUGCAGGUGACCUGGUGGGCGUGGUUCAAGAGUUCUAUCGCUUCGACGAUCUGCUGCUCGAGUAGGGCCAAAGCUUCUGAUACCGAGCGUAUGGAGGCGGGUCUGGCGACGACGCCGCUGGGGCCCGCGUUCUGCCAGCUAUCGAUCGGAUCGCAAUUUGUGAAGACUCGUGAGAAGAAGUGUGCGGCCCGCAUGAAAAUCUUUGCCUCGGAGCUCCGCACGCUUGCAAACGACGGAGAGCGAGUGUAUACCAACGAGAUUUCGGCACUGUAUGCUGAAAACGAGAAACUGUAUACGCUGAACUCGACGAAAGUCGAUGAAAUCAACGAUCUCAAGGGGAAAAUGGCGCUGCUCGACCCGGAAUGGGAGGCCUCCUACAAAUUUCGGAGCCAGGGCAUGAAUACGACUUCUCCCGCGACGACCCCUGUGACGGCCGAUAUCGUGGAGAACACG